UCUUUAAUAGUAAUCCUAAACGAAACAACCCAAAGAUGCAACGACAAAUAUAUACAGUAAUUCCGAGACGUUUUCAAUCGACCCAUCGAAAAGUACUGGAUGAAAUAAUUCGAGUCGAUCAUGCUGGAGAAUUGGGAGCAGAUCGAAUAUAUGCGGGACAAAUGGCUGUACUUGGGAAUACAAGUAGUGGCACCUUGAUUAAACAUAUGUGGGAACAGGAGAAAAAGCAUAAGGCGAAAUUCGAGGAUUUAAUACGAAAGCAUCGAGUUCGUCCCACUGUAAUGAUUCCUUUAUGGAAUAUUGCUGGAUUUGUUUUGGGAGCGGGUACCGCAGUUUUGGGUGAGAAAGCCGCCAUGGCAUGUACGGUAGCCGUUGAAUCCGUAAUUGUGGAACAUUAUAACGAUCAAUUACGUACGUUAAUGACCGAUCCAAAUGUGGACAAGGAAUUAUUGGAUGUUAUUAAACAAUUCAGGGAUGAAGAACAGGAACAUCAUGAUACGGGUUUAAAUGAAGGCGCCGAACAAGCACCUUUUUAUAAAGGCUUAACGGAGGUUAUUAAAGCGGGAUGUAAGACUGCGAUUGCUAUUUCGAAAGUAGUAUAAAAAUGUUUUCUAGAGAAAUUAUGUUUUU